AUGAACUUGAUACCUGAAACAGAUAAAAUAGAUAUGGCUUAUUUAAAGUCUGAGCGCAUAGGGAAGGUCAUUACAAAAGGGUUGGCUGAGUUGUAUCGAGUGAAACCACAAUUCCCAGUUGAGUAUUUGGCAAAUUGGUUGUUGAAUCAUAAUCGAACUGAGUCCAAUAGAGGAUCCAUGCAAGAUCACAUUACUCAUAAGGAGGAAUUAAUAGAGCAACAGAAGAAGGAAUAAGAGGUUUAAGAAGAGAAAGAUCGCAGAGAGAAACAGUUACAAGAUGAAGAAAAUCUGAGGGAAUUGGAAUUUCAAAAUAUAAUCAAAACCCAUGAAUUCCAUUAAAAAUUAUUGAUCAAAGACUUUUGUAAUCAUCUCCAAAAGAAGGGUCUUACAGGAGUCUAUGUAGGAUAUGUUGAUUUCCCAAAUAAAUAAAUUAAUGAAAAUGAUGAUGAUGAAAAUGCUCAUCUUGAUUCAGAAUAACCAAAAUUGAUUAAAUACAUAGGAGCCAACGAUGAUCACAGUUUCAUGAUUGGUCAAACCCUCCCUCUAAAUGAAGUAGGAAUUACUGGUGAAGUAUUUAGAGAAAUUCCACCUCCAGAAGAAGGACAACAACCUUAAUCCCCCAUAAUUUACAUACCAGAUGUAACUAAAGAGUAGAAACUCAUCUAUUUUAAAUGGAAAAAGUUGGGAGCAUUCUUAGCAAUUCCACUUAUUUAUUAAUCGUGUUUGCUUCCAGCUUCAUUAGAUGCUGGAAUUGAAGAGAGAUUGAGAUUCAAAAAAGCAGAUGUGGAAAAGAAAUUAGAGAAGGAAAAUAAAAUAAAUGAAUUCAAUUCUAGACUCAAAGAAGCUACAGAGACUGAACAAGAUCCAACUCCCAUUCAAGAAGAGUUAGAUCAAUACUUAGCCAAUUGGUAAGAUGAGAGUGAAGCUCCAUUCCAAUCUUUAAAACGAUAAUUCGUUGUAUGUUUUGAUACUUUGGGUAAGGAUGUUGAAAUCAGUCAGAAAGACAGAUAAUACUUUGAGGAUUAUGUGAAUUUGUUUGCAUAAAGUUGGAAUCAAAUGGAAAGCAAAUUACUGUCAGAAGACAUCGAUCAUAUGAUUGCUUAUCAAGAGUAAGGAGUGAAGGAGAGAUCAGAAGCAUUGACAGUUUAAGAAGAGUAGGCAGUGGAGUCUUAAUAAUCUCAGUAUGAUGAUUUGAAGGAAAGAGAAAAGGAACAUUAAUUUGCAUUGCUAUCUAUCAGAGCUAACACUGUUGCUUAAUAAAUUCAACAAUUGCAAUAAGAAUUGUUUUCUUUGAAACAAGUCAGAGUACUUAAAUAUCCUGGUCUAUUAUUGGCUUUAAUGCUAUUCCUAAAUUAUAAUAAGGAGAAUCUACUUGAGAAAGGAACUAAUCAACUAGAUUGGACUGGAGUUAAACAUUACAUUUGUGAAGACUUGAUUUAAAAAAUACUUGAUUAUGAAUACAGAGGAGCUAGAACUGAAGAAGUGCCCAAACAUGCUAAAUUGAAUAGAAUCUAAAAGAGAAUUAGCAAAUUCACAGUUGAAUAAGUGGAAGAGUAUAAUGUUUGUUAUGCUAAAAUCUUGAAAUGGAUGCAGUACAUCAUCAAAUUAAGAGUUCUAGAUAUUGAAAUCAGAAGAGAGAAGAUUGCCAAUCUUAGAAAAUUGAUUUAGGAAACAACUGAGUAAGUUGCAAAAAUUAAAGAAGAAAAAGAAUAAAAGUUUGAAGAGUAUAAGAAUUCUAUCCAAUAAUAAGAAGACCAAGAACCACCUAAUAGAGAAGAAUGGGAACUUAAAUAUGAUGAAGAGCAUCCCUUACCAAAAAUACCUGAAGAUGUGCCAGAUGAUGUUGAUAAUGAUUUUGAUGAAGAAUGAUUAAGUAUAAAUUACAUUUAUGAAUCA